CUACGUCACUACGGAGUACCAUGAAAUUUUGAAGUUCGGUAAUUAUGAGUAAUUUGAUAGUCUCCGUAAGUUGGAAAUGAAAUAUUAAUAUAACAAACUGAAACAGUUUUAAUGAAAUAAGCGUUCAUUACCAAGGUUCAGUAUUAACUUAUUAACUGUAAACAUUGUUUCAACAAAUGUGAAGUUCUAAACUCGAUCUCGUUCAGCAUCUGCUGCAAACGCCUGCAUAAUAUUAGUUCCCAGCGUUGUCUGUCACAAUUGGUUUUUGAUAAUAUGAGGCGAAAGUCUGAGCGUUGGACCAGCAGCCUGCUGCUUCAAGAAUUUUGGUAAGUCUAGCUCCCUUCGCGAAUCCAUAUGAUGUUGCAGCCGCUCUGCUACUGUGCGAAGAAUAUAUAUUUGUGUCUAUUCCCGCAUCUCUGAGUACUUCCUUGAUCCAACACGCUACCGUAUCUUUCGAUAUUGGAUUGUGUGGUUUUAUGAAACUGACCAACAAUUGUGAAUUGUCUGUUCAUAUUGAUGUCGUCCGAUGAAUGUAUUCGUCUAAAUGUCGAACAACACACAGGUCCCUGUCUGCAUAGCUCGAGAGUUCUAUUGGUUUUUGAUGAGUUCCUGGCUUGGUGUGUUUGAGCUUUUCCCCAAUGGUGAAUAUGUAUUUCCCUGGCAACUUCUGCACAAGUUGUAUGUUAAGUUUGUGAACAGUUUGACAACGUUGUCCAGUUAGGAGAGCCAGUAUCAUUACUAAUUUAUGGGAAAGCUGCUUCAGAGAAAGUUCCGAGUUCAGAGUUAGUGACCUUACGUAAGUUAGGACCUGUCCAACAUCCCAUAUUUUCUUAUAUUUUGGCAAUGCUGGCUUAAUUUCAAAUACACCUUUCAAAAACCGGCAUACUAGUCGGUUUUCUCCAAAUGACGUCCCGUCUUUAGGUGUUAGUAUCACAGAUAACGCUGACCUUGCUGUGUUUAUAGCACUGUAGCUCAAUUUCUGUUCAAAUAAAUUUGCCAGGAAAUCUAUGCCCUGCUCAACCGUAGCAUUGGACCAAUUACUGUUUCUCUCGGCACAAAACUGUUUCCACCUAGUAAGAUAUGUGCGGUAUUGUUUCUUGGUACUUUCGCACCAAGAUGCCAUAAUGACGUCUUUUGCUGUAGCUGAAAUGUUAUGUCGUUCUAGGUUUGUCCUGAUAAUAGACAAACUAGAAGUCGCAAGUUCUUGCCCAGAGGGUGUGUUUCCCCUGGUGAGUUUGGUAGUAUCAGUCUGUCCUGUUUCGGAAUGAGUAAUACUGGCUUCCCUAUGCACAUGUUCAUGGCCUUGGGAUACCAGGCACGUGUGGGCCAAUCUGGUAGAACACAAACACCCAUGGCCUGGUCCUCUACAAUUUUUCGUAAAACUGCUGGAACAACACUAAACGGGGGAAACAUGUAAAAUUUUAGAUUUCCCCAUUGUAUCGUAAAGGCAUCUAUUAUUUCGGCCUCUGGGUCAGGUCUAAAUGAUGCAUACAAAUGUCGGAGUGACAUGUACCCAUAUGGUUAAUGGUGGAUACUGCAGUUGUGUUAUCAGUCAUAAUUCUUAUAUGAAUAUUGUUAGCAUUUUUGGCAUAGCAUUUCAGCCCAAAAAACACAGCUAAUAAUUCUAGAGCAUUGAUAUUGUUAGUUUUUUCUGCUGUUGACCAUGAACCUCCAGUGGAUUCAUUUUCAAAUACUGCACCCCAUCCUGUGAGUGAAGCAUCAGUGGUUAGUACUUUGUCUGGGUUCCCAUGUGAAAUUAAGUUAUGGCUUUCUUGAGCAUUUUCCACCAAUUCAAUUUUUUUUAGCACCAUCACUUAAUGUCAUGUACGCAUCAAAAUUACCAGCGUUUUGUCUUAAUGCCCAAGUCUUAUCGAGUUCAAUCUUUCUAUGGUAUAAUGCUCCAUACAUGACCCCUGGCAGGCUAGAAAUAAUUUUCCCCACUACUUGUGCCACUGCACGUAUUUUGACCCUGUCUAAAUCCACAAGUGCUUUGCAGUGUUCUGCAAUGGCAGUGGCCUUUUCUUCAGUCAGAGAAAUUAUCAUCUUGACUGAGUCUAAUCGAAACCCUAGAAUGAUCAGUGUUUGACUAGGUUCAAAAACUGACUUGCUGGGGUGACUUAUAAACCCUAGGGAGUCAAAUUGUUCUACAGUAUCAAGCACAUUAUUUUUGCAUUUGUGAAAUGUUUGACCUUGUAGGUAUAGGUCAUCUAUAUAAUUGCUUGAAAUAUGCCCUUUCUUGUGAAGGGCUGUGAGGGGAGGUUUCAAGAUUUUGGUAAACAACCUUGGACAACAAGACAGUCCAGUCAUAAGAUUUGUAAUUGUUUGUAGUGUGUCCAUUUUAAAAUGGAUAUAGGUCACAGACUUGUUGAACUCUUUCAAGUUCAGAAUGAGUCUGAAUUGUCCAUCUUUUUUCUGUCUGACAAAAAUAGGAGAGAUUAUCUCCCCUGGUUCAUGUGACGCUAUUUCAAUUACUUCCCUAGCAAGUAGUCUCUCGAUUUCAGUAUUUAUAGCUAGUGUCUCAAUGUGACUAAAUUUUGGGUUAGGAUUAACCCUACCUUGGUGUGGUAGUUCAUCGAGGGGUAUUGUAAUACCUCUGAUAGAGUCGAGUAUUAUUUUGUCUGAGGUCAGAUUUUUCCAUGCUGUAAACCUCUGAGCAGUCCUGCCUGCUUUGAAAUCUACACAUUUUUGUUCAAGAUAUUGGAUCAAAAAGGAAAAAUCGAAAUAACUGCAACUUACAUUCUCUUUAAGUGUUUGUAUUUUCUCAGCUAAACUCACUUCCUUUGCUGGUUCUGGGACCCGUUGCCUCUCGUGCCGAUAUGAAAUCGCUGCGAAGACCACUAACAUGCCCGGAAAUUCCAAGCGUAUUACCUCUAAGCGAAGUACGUCCACUUUGGCAUAUUUUCUUUGUAUGUCGCUGCUUUUAACCGGUGGAAAUAUUGAGAGAAACCCUGGACCAGUUCAGCAAGGGCACAAUCUUAAACUUUGUGCAGAGAAGGGCUUGAGAAUUUGUCACUUAAAUAUACGUAGUCUCGUCAACAAGAUCGAUGAAAUUAGAGUGUUAUGUGAAACCCACAAACCUCAUGUGUUAUGCUUAAAUGAAACAUGGCUUGAUACGUCUAUUGCCGAUGGAGAAAUACAACUCGACGGUUAUUCGCAUAUACGAAGAGACAAAACUCGUCAUCAAGGCGGUGUUCUUGUUUACAUUGCAUCAAAUUUAAACUUCAAAGAGCGUGACAAGAUCGGAGACAAAAGCGGUGAGCUUCAAUGUUUAUGGCUUGAGAUUGUACCUCCCAAAAGCAAAGGCUUUCUUAUUUGCUCUUCUUAUCGCCCACCGAAUUCCGACAACGAAAGGACAUAUGUCGAGGGCCUACGAAAUAUGCUUGAUAAUGUGAGUGAUUUACAGAAAGAAGUUAUUCUCAUUGGGGAUUUUAAUUUUGACUUAAAACGGUCUAGAAAAUCGGCGGCGUGUAAGUGCUUUGUUGAUAUGUCUAAGGAAUUCGGUUUAAAGCAAAUUAUCUGUGACUACACUCGUGUAACUCAACACUCAAAAUCAUUGAUUGAUCUCUUUUUAACAUCUCGUCCUGACCUAUACAUAACAGGAGUAAUGCCUGUUGGGUUCAGCGACCACAGUGUAAUAUAUGCGGUUCGCAAGCUGCAUAGAUUAAAACCUCCAUCUUCACGGAUCAUUAAUACACGAAAUUAUAAAUGUUACAACCAGAUUGCUUUUGUCGAAGACUUAAAUAAAGUUCCCUGGUCGCAAAUCGACAUAACUGGAGAUAUUGAAGAUUCGUGGGAUGCUUUUAAAAACCUAUUCAAUGAUGUCGCAGACUCUCAUGCCCCACAAAUUCAUGUUCGAACGAGAGGUCAAAAAGUACCUUGGUUAACAACGGAGAUUAGAAAAUUAAUGAAAGAAAGGGAUAAUCUUCACAAACUGGCGCUUAAGACCAAUAGUGAACUACACUGGAGCUCCUUUAAACGCAUGCGUAAUGCUGUAACCCUUAAGUUAAGAAGAGAAAAGAAACAUUACUAUAACAAUCAAUUUCAGGAGAAUGAAUCAAACCCAAAGGGGACUUGGAAAAAUUUGAAACGUUUACUUGGUAAAUGUGGAAAAGGAACUGGAUGCACUGGUGCAGGCUCAGCGACAACUGAUUUGAAAGUUAAAUGCAACAUGUUUAAUCGUUUCUUUGUUUCCUGUGCUACGAACUUAAGAUCAAUUUGUAGCACGACUGGCCAUGCGUUCAAAAAAUGGUUACCCCAAAUGGAACAUUCGGAAAGCUUUACGUUUCAACAAUUUACUGAUUCGGAGGUUCGAACUGCUCUGAGGGAAUUAAAGGUGAAGAAAGUCACCGGUGUAGACGGCAUACCAAGCAGAUUGUUAAAAGACGGAGCUGACGUAUUGGCCUAUCCAUUGACAGUUUUGUUCAAUUUGUCAGUUCAACAAUGUAAGAUCCCUGGGGAAUGGAAGAAGGCAAAAGUUACGCCACUUUACAAGAAUGGCGCAAAGAGUGAUCCAAAAAAUUUUCGCCCUAUUUCUGUUUUACCGGUAGUAUCUAAAGUUCAGGAGCGAUUAAUCCAUAACCAACUUUCAUCGUAUUUUGAUGAAAAUAACCUGUUGUGUAGAUUUCAGUCAGGAUUUCGAAAGAAACACUCAACAGAAACGGCGGUAACCCAUUUUGCAGACCAAAUUCUCAUGGGCAUGGAUAAAGGGCUAGUGACGGGUGCCGUUUUCAUUGACCUAGCUAAGGCAUUCGACACAAUCGACCAUGAUGUCUUAAUUCAUAAGCUGAAACAUUAUGGCGUAUCCAAUGAAAGUCUAUUAUGGUUUAAGGAUUACUUCUGCGCAAGGAAGCAGUUUGUAACUAUUGAUUCGCAUAGAUCUGAAGAGCUGGAUAUCGCUUGUGGGGUCCCGCAAGGGUCAAUUCUUGGCCCGUUAUUAUUUAUCAUUUACAUCAAUGAUUUAUCAUCUUGUAUGCGAAGCUGCUCAGUCAGUAUGUAUGCAGACGAUACAGCAAUAUACUUUGCGGCCUCGACGGUUGAUGUGGUGAAUGAUAACAUCAAUGAAGAUUUAAAUUGCUUAUCUGAGUGGUUGAAAGAUAAUUACCUGGUGCUGAAUAUCACCAAAACCAAGUGUAUUUUGUUCUGCUCACAGAGGCACGGUGAACGAAACAGAGCUCUUACCGUGAACUUCUUCGGGUCAUGUAUCGAAAGUGUUAUCACUUUUAAGUACUUAGGUGUAGUAUUCGAUAGUCAUAUGACGUGGAAAGAUCAAGCGGAUCAUGUAUACAAAAAGGUUGCAGUACGAGUUAAUGUCUUACGGCGUAUUAGAACAUUUCUAACGGAGAAAGCAGCAAUACAUGUUUACAACGGUAUUAUCCUGCCAGUGUUCGAUUACUGUGACAUUACCUGGAGUAGCCUUCUGCAACAAGACGAGGACAGAUUACAGCGAUUGCAACAUCGCGCCGCAAGAAUUAUAACACUGAGUGAAAGAUCAUCCGAAGCGAUGGAAAAAUUAAAAUGGUCUUCAUUGAACUGUAGACGCUCUUACCAUAAAGCUAUAUUAGUUUACAAAUGUCUACAUUCUUUAGUCCCGAAUUAUUUUUUAAAUUAUUUUAAGAAAUUUAGUAAUGUACAUAGCUACAAUACUAGACACAAAAAUAGGCUAAUACUUCCCAAAGUUAAAUAUAAUUUUGGAAAAAAUACUUUUAUCUUCAGUGGGGUGCAG